AUGGCGUCUGCCGCAAAGACCAUCAUUGCCACUGGCGGCUUCGAGGCGCUCAAGCAGCUCCUCCAGGCUCCGCAGCCGUAUCGCGUGGUGCUUGGCGCCCGCAACCCGUCCGGCAUGCAGCUGUCGCUCCGCGACGUCACCUUUGAAUCCGCCAACAAGGUCGAGGUGCUUCCGCUGGACCUCGCCGACCUCAAAGGCACAAGGACGUUUGCCGAGGCGACCCUCGACGCCAUCGGCGACGCCAAGAUUGACUACCUUUUCCUCAACGCCGGCAUCACGAAACCCGCCGUGGUGAAUCCGCGCGGCUACCGAUGGUGCGAGUCUGCCGUGGUGAAUCAUGUUGCUCAAUUUUACCUUGUGCAUCUUUUGCGCGAGAAGCUGGUGGCGUCCAAGUCGCGCAUCGUAUUUGUGUCGUCGGGCGCCGUGAGAUCUGUUCCCGAUCCUGGCCAUGUAUAA